AUGUCUGACAGGCCCAUGGGUCCACUGUCUGAGGUUGAACUAGCAACGAAAGACGAAUCUACGCCACCCGGUUCGGUCGUCAUCGAAGUUGUAGCUGCGCCACCAGCGAUUAACAUCCCGGAUGGCGGUCUUCAGGCAUGGCUCUCUGUCCUCGGAGGGUACGUUCCUGAUUGCACAACCACCUUCGGCUACUCCAACUCGUUCGGGGUGUUUCAGGACUAUAUGUGCGCGCGCAAUGGCCUUACUGUCAUUGAGACGCUUGAUUUUCAUGUCGUCGUCGUGGGCCUUCCUGCGGGUAAACUCUUCUUCGAUCAAGGUUACUUCCAUUAUGUCGUAGGCUCCGGCAGCAUUCUCUACGUAUUCUGCAUGUUCAUGCUCUCACUCGCGAAUCCGCACAAAUACUAUCAACUCGUGCUCUCCCAGGGCAUUGGCAUGGGCAUCGGGAGCGGCUUGAUGCUUGUCCCGGCUAUGUCUGUGCAAACGCAUCACUGGCGCGUGCGCCGCUCGCUCGCAAUGGGCAUUGUCAUGACCGGCUCUGGCGUCGGCGGUCUAAUCUACCCUAUCAUGCUGAACAAGCUUGUGAAUGGCAGUGCUGGUUUCGCGUGGGGAGUACGUGCGACCGCGUUCCUUACUCUCGGCCUGCUCGCCAUAGCAAAUGCGGUAAUGACGACUCGCUUACCGAGCGCUAGGAAGCGUGGACCAGGGCCCAAACCUGACAUGAAAGCAAUUAGACGGACGGGCCGUACUGGUUAUUUGCGUUCGGGUACGUUGUUUCUCGUACUUUGGGGGAUGUUCUUCCCGUAUUUCUACCUCCAGCUAUGGGUGAACCUGCACAGGCUCUCGGGACGCUGGCAAGUGACUGUCAUACAGAUCGCCAUUCUCAAUGCUGCCUCGAUCUUCGGGCGCACCCUUCCGAACAUGCUUGCAGACCGCGUCGGCCCGUUCAACGUUCUCGCGCCUGUGGCAGUCAUCACAAGCGCGCUCGUACUCGCCAUGUUCGGCGUCACAUCCACCGGGGCUGUCAUCGUGUUCUCGAUUCUGUAUGGGUUCUUCUCGGGAGCAAGUGCGAUCCGUCUUGGACUCGGGUAUUUUGUAACGUCGUUUGCCAUGUUGACUGGGACACCCAUCGCUGGCGCGCUCUUCGACGAGGGCGGCCGGUGGUACAAGCCAAUCGUGUUCAAUUCGGUUAUCAUGUUUGCCGGGGCGUCGUGCUUAAUCGUAGCGCGGAGCCUGGUCGCCCGAGCAAAAGGGUCGCAGCACGUGUAG